AUGACGACAGAUGAUGAGCCACCUUCUUCUAACACAACGGUACCAUCCACAUCAUCGACGUCUCCGCUUACCGUUGCGUGUGAUUUGGAGUGCGAAGGAGAUCCCACGCGGCCGUCUUCAUCAAUAAUCCCCUCAUUUUUAACACUCAAUUUUGACAAACUAUCCCUGGAUUCAGAUCUGUGCGAAGGCCGCUACGAUCAAGAUCAUUCGCCGCCGGGUCCGCAAUCACCGACACGAGAUACGCAGCAAAAUAUGCCCCCGACGGCUGAAAAUCCUCAAUAUUAUCGAGCAACGGCUAGCAAACGUGGACGUUUCGCACCCUAUGAUGUACCCUUCAAAUUGAGACGCCGUCGGAAGGUGAAAGUGUCGACAACAAAGUCAACGGAUAUCGAGGUUUUAAUAAAAAUAAAGCUGAAAGGAGACGUCGAGCCUCUCAGAAUGUGUAUAUUCGACAAAGAACAAAUAUUAUUGCCUAAACCGUGUGGUGUUCAAGCCGCCUUCUUCCCUCCAUCUUCCACCACUCAACCUGAAGAAGUCGACGAACUCUCAGAAUACUUUACUCAUUUCGUUCGCGUCGAGCUGAAAAUGUCAUCGUUGGCCGAAUCAAUGUACGUGUGA